AUGUUGAAAUGGAUGCCCGGAUUCAGAUUUGAGGAAGACCCUCCGGUUGUGCCAAUAUGGGUAGCUCUAUACGAUCUCCCUAUUGAAUUCAUGCACCUGGAAGUGAUUUACUCGAUGGCCACAGCCCUUGGACAGCCUUUAAAAGUGGACACUCAGACAUUGAAUAUGACCCGUCCCUCGGUUGCUAGAUUCUGCCCGGAGGUGGAUCUUACCAAGGUUUUGCCAAAAUCCGUAAAGGUGGGCAGAAAGGGUCGUAAGCAUGAACAAUUCUUCACAUUCGAACGUAUACCGUCGUAUUGCUCGAAAUGCUGCAAAAUUGGCCAUAAAGAUAUUGAUUGCAGGGUCGGUAAACCCAUGGAAAGAAUGAAUAAUGCGGACAAGACUGAGGUUCCUGUGAACAAGGGAAUCAAAAUCAAGUCGGCAAAGCCUAAAUGGACAUUGAAAGGAGGUGAUUCUAACAAUGCAUUGAAAGCUCAAAUAGUUAGCUUGAAUCCCCUGGUGGUUAAAGGGGUGGAAAAGGCAGCAAAAAUGGCAACGGAAACAUUGAAAGAAACAAUUCUGGUGGAUUUGCAGCCAUCCCCGGACAGAACUGAAGUUGUUUGUAUUGAUGCGCCUGUUCUUGUUCCAUCUGGAAAUCAAUUUUCGAUUCUCCAGGCUGCGGAAGAUGAUGAGGCCGAAGAGGAGAUGGUAAAUGUCCAUUCUGCUAUUAAUUCCGAUGUUCACACGCAGAAUCAGGAAGGUCAAGACAAUAUUGGUGCUAUUUUGGUUGAUGGGAACUCGGAUUUAGCCAACAAUAGAGCUUUCCUUGAAGUAGAGCUGCGAAAUUUGUCCCCAGUCCCGCAACAAGACUCCAUCCGAUUCAACGAUGAUACAUUCGAAAAUGAAAUCCCUGAUACAGAUGUGUUUCAUGAUGAGAGAGCAUUCUGGUCUGAUGGAGAGAUUCACGAUGAUCACAUUGUUGAAAAUGAACAAGGCGAGCGCACUGUCACCAAGAAGUGGUGGCGCAAGUCGAAGGAAGAACGUGCAAAACAGUCGGAGGGUGUUGAACUAAGGAGAUCCCUUAGUCUUCAGUCCUUGGAUGAAUACUCGGGUUCGUCGGUGCAAGAUUAUGGUGCUAUUGAAGAGUUUAAUGAGUGUAUUGACGAUAGCGAAUUGCUUGAUCUUCCUCCCAUUGGUGAUGAGUAUACUUGGGGUGGUACGAGGCAUACUGGUUGGGCUGAAGCGUGGGUUAAGGAAUUGGAAAUUCGGCAUGAUCAAACUGGUGAUAUAGCGGACCGAAUCAAUCUUAGCGAGGCCAAUGCAUUUUAUCUCCAAAAGUUGAAGGAGCAUGAGGAUUUCUGGAAGCAAAGGAUGAGAUUGAAGUGGUUAAAGGAAGGGGACAUUAUUUCAGCUUUUUUUCAUGCCACGUUAGCAGAGAAAAAUGUAAAGUUGGGAAUACAGAAAAUUCAAUCGGUGGAUGGAAGAACCUUAACUGAGUUAAGGGAUAUAGAGGCUGAGGCGGUGAGCUUUUUCCACACCUUGCUUACUGAGGAGCUAGCGCCAACUUCGCAAGCAGAAAAACAGGAAAAGUUUUUGCACCUAUUACAUGAUGAGCUAGAUCUUUUGGACAAAGAAAUGCUAAAUGCUGCGGUAACAAUGGAGGAGCUGCGGGCUGCGGUCUUCAACCUUGGUGAGGAUAGCUCGCCGCGAGUGGAUGGAUUUGGCGGGACGUUCUAUAGAGCAUUUUGGCACGUUAUUGCUGAGGACUUGCUAUGCGCAUGUGCUGAAUUUAUGAGUGGUGUGCCGAUUCCAAAAGAUUCUGGCUAUGGUUUUGUCAUUAGGUGCUUUGGUGAGAACUUUCUGUAUGGAGAGCAUGGGUAUGUUGGUGCGUGUGACAGCUUUGGAGCUGAGGUUUAUGGGCUGCUUUUUGGUGUUCGAAAAUGUGCUCAUCUCAAUUUGGAGCAUGCUGACGUUCAAACGGACAAUAAGGCAAGACCAACGACAACAGCAGCAGUUGGUGGACAACCAGCAGCAGCAGUGACUGGAGGCGGCGAACUAGUGUCUGCAUUGGUGUGGUGUGGUUGGAAAGAUCCGGUGAUGCAGUGCGGUGCGGCGUGUGAGUCCACAGCAACAGUGGUGUCCACAGCAGCGCAAAGUCUGGUGCGGAUUGACGCAGCGGUGAUGUGGCUCUGA